UGGACUGAGGGAGAGCCCGGCUCCGCCGUGCUGGGAACGGCAGUUACUCUUACCAAUUAGGGCGCGGGGGCGCGUAGGGCAUGGACGCGCUGACGCAGGUGACCAAUGGGAUUUGGGCUGAGGGGUGGGCCGUGUGGAGUGGGCGUGUUCGUAGUCUGGAGCCACGGUUGCUAGUGAGGCAGCCGCCAGAGCUGCGUGGAGAGCUAAGCUGAUCGGCCGUGGGGUGCUUCUCUGCCCCCGCGUAGAAAAGCCUGCCAAUGCUUUCUCAUUUGGAUCCAGACUCCAAUUCAGGAGUCUGGUAGCUGGAUCUCCUAGGAAGAGAAGUUCUCAAGCAGUAAGAAGAAAGCCUUUCAAUUUAGAACACUUCUUUGCAGCUGGAAAUGGGGAAUGGACUGUCAGACCAGACUUCUAUCCUGUCCAGCCUGCCUUCAUUUCAGUCCUUCCACAUUGUCAUUCUGGGUUUGGACUCUGCUGGAAAGACAACUGUGUUAUACAGGCUGCAGUUCAAUGAAUUUGUAAAUACCGUACCUACCAAAGGAUUUAACACGGAAAAAAUUAAGGUAACCUUGGGAAAUUCUAAAACAGUCACUUUUCACUUCUGGGAUGUAGGUGGUCAGGAGAAAUUAAGGCCAUUGUGGAAGUCAUAUACCAGAUGCACAGAUGGCAUUGUGUUUGUUGUGGACUCUGUUGAUGUUGAAAGAAUGGAAGAAGCCAAAACUGAACUUCAUAAAAUAACUAGGAUAUCAGAAAACCAGGGAGUCCCUGUGCUAAUAGUUGCUAACAAACAAGACCUGAGGAACUCAUUGUCUCUCUCAGAAAUUGAGAAAUUGUUAGCAAUGGGUGAACUGAGCUCAUCAACUCCCUGGCAUUUGCAGCCCACCUGUGCAAUCAUAGGCGAUGGACUGAAGGAAGGACUUGAGAAACUACAUGAUAUGAUAAUUAAAAGAAGAAAAAUGUUGCGGCAGCAGAAAAAGAAAAGAUGAAUGGUGAUAACCUUUUAGAUCUGUGUGGAGUAGGUUUUCUGUGGUCUGAUUUUGACAAAUGGAAGAGUGUCUACAUCCUGGUUUGCCUGCCUGCCCUCCUGGAUGCUGUUAAAGCUUUGUUUUGUUGAACAAUCAGAUGUCCAACUCUGUUGCCUUGUGGAAGAUGAGUAAAUGCAGUGCUUCUUAAAAUGGCCUCUUCUGCCUACCCCACAAAUCUUUUGGUACUACCAUUUUGGGAAGCCAAGCAAAGAUAGAAAAUUGACCAGAAAACAGCUGUGGAAAUUUGACCUGAAAUUAGUGAAAUAAAACUUUGAAGAGUGUCUGC